UCUACUCGACCACCGUCUUGAUCCGUCUCAUCGACCGUUCAAAACAACCGCUCCGACAGCGAUUUCAACGUGGCGUAAAAGCUCGCGCUACGAAAGUGGAAGCUAUUCGAGCCUGAGUCGAACCAUCUUUGUGCAGCUUGUCCAACCCACCGGAGCGUUUGUGCUACACAGUGCAUUCCAUCCGUCAUAGCUCCAAUAUCUACGGCCUUGAACCUUGCGUGGCUCAACGGUCAAUAGAAAAGGCGGCGAGAAUGAUGAGCAACCACAGCCACCUUCUAAUCCAAAUUCAACUGGACUUCAUCAGCCUGACGAUUCGUCUUCGCCAUCAUACACGCAUGAUUUCUCCUCCAAACAAAACCCUGCCUUACUACUGUGUCAGGAUCCUAAAGUGGGGGCGAAUCAACGUCCCCAUUGAGUGGGGCAAUACUCUGGAUUCACAACGAACAAGACAGUUAUGGGCACAUUCAUCGCAGGCUGUGAAAAGAGCGUUUCUCCGAUCCAUUGUCGUCCUAUCAAAGCACCGAAAAUUAUGGGUCAUAUCAAACGGUCGUGGUGGACAUGACACCAGAGGAGAUGUUGCAGGUUAUUCCGUCAGAGGUCGAGAUGUUGGAGGAGAGACUUGCAAGAUGAAUGCUUACAAUCAUAUCGUCGGACUACCCCAAUUGAUCUUUCCCAUGUGCACUUUCCGACCUAGAUCAAGCACAACUAGUCAUUACUGAGACCUUAGACUAGUACCGCACCAAGUUCGAAAAGCUAGGACAAAGGCGAUGGCUGCUUGUCGAAAUGUGCUGUACGCAACGCUCGUCAGCCAUCAUUACGAAUAGUUCACUUUGGACUCGGACGGACGGCUCUACCGUAAACCCACCAGAUAGGUGAGUAGCGAACGAAGCAGGAAGAACGUUCGACGGUGUUCGCUCCUCCGCGCCUCCGGGGAACGACUUUCAAUUUGCCUACUGGGACAGCAGCAGCCCACUCUCUCCGCCCAGGCAGAGGCACUGGGUUAUAGUCCUGCUCCAAUCCCUAAUCUCUCGUGACACGUGCAGGCUCACGCGG